AUGAUUUUAGCAUUUCGCCUCUCUAAUUGCUUGUAAUGCGUCCUUACUCCUAAGACCAACAUACAAUGUAUACAUUGUAGUGAAGGAUAUUUCAGUUCUUUGAUAACUGAGGACUGUACUAAGAAUUAUUAACUGUAUGUUAAUGAAAAUACUUAUUCUCAUAUUUUAACAGAUGGAUAAAGAUUAGAUACAUGGGUUGUUAUGAUUUAAAGUGUUAUGAUGCAAUUUUUACCAUCUCAAUAUUAUUAUCCACAUUCUCUUGAUUCACCAAGUAUAUAUGAGCUUAAAUGUAAAUAUGGCUAUUAAUUUACUAAAUUAUAAUCAUGCCAAAAAUAUUGUAGUAAUGAUUGUUUAAUUUGA